CACAAAUCAUCUACCGCUUUACCACUAAUCUACCCCGACCGCGUCCAUCGCUGUAAAAAUAAAGAUCGCCGAAUGUUACUAAAAUGACAACAGUUAAGGAAAAAAUGGACAGUGAAUACUUUGAAUGGGUCCCCGAAGAUGAAAUCCAGUUAUUUUUCGCCAUGGAAGAUCUCAAACCGGUGGGGAUCAAUAAACAUUUUUUCAUUGCCUGUAUUGUGGAGCGACUGUCGAAAGCGUUGAAUCGAGAAAUCAGCAGCGACUCGGUAUGGUCCCAUCUCAGAACAAUGUACAACUUGAAAGCCUUGGAUGAGCAAGAGCAACUACCAUUCCCGAAUGAGGAAAUCGACUUUGACCUGCCGGAAGCGGAGUUCCCUUCUAUCCUGAAGAGGAAGUCUGUGGAGGAGCAGAGUGCGGAUGAAGGCAGAAAAUCGGAGUCAAAGACGGAGUCCGCAGCUAAGACUGUUAAAGAUAGAGAUCACACAGAGAAGGACAAACAGAGCGACAGGGAUAGCAAAGACAGCAAAUUUCCCAAAUCGAAAAUGGAUGCCGGGGAUAAUAAUACCCCGAAAAGGGCCCAGAAACGUACCCGCGGAUCGAUGUCACUGGAGCCGAAUGCUGGAAGUCCGGCAAGUACGCCACCUAAUGUGCAAAGCACAAAGCGGCGCCGAAUUUAGGGUGUGUCCCGGCUGAAAUCACUCCGCUUGUUCUGUGCGAUAUGAUGGAGAAUAGUAUAUUCAGCUUUAGAAAAUCCUCAAAAUUACGAUAAGUGUAAAAUAUCAACAAUCAUUUAAUAAAAUCUUCACGCACCCUAAAUUAUGUACAUGACAUAUUCAUAGCCAGAUUUUUAUGGACAUCUAAACCGCGUUUUUAUACUUAAUUGUGUCAGUUAUAAUAUAUAAUAGAGCCACUCCUUAUGAAACAGACAAAAAACAAUGCGAUACGAUAGCUAACACCAGAAGUUUGUCUAUAUGCAAGGCAAUCAGUGAUGCACGAUUAGAACCUUUCAGUUUACGAAAUAGCCAAUUUCCAAUUCUUUACCAAUUUCAAUCUAUGUAGACUUUAAGCUUAAGUGAACUAUAUCAUUAUUUUACAGAGACGAAAGGCUCUGGAUGAGUUAGUCUCUCUAAAAAAAUAAAUCUUUUUUUGUUAAGCGGGAGUCAAUCAAAACCCAA